AUGCCGCCCAGCAGAACAGAGUCUAUUUCUUGCAAAUGGAUUCCAGGCAUCAAGGCCCCUCCCCAGAGGAUGGCGAACUCCGAGACUGAUUAUGCACUCCUUCGGAGAUUCGACACCAUCUUUCUGAUCGAUGAUAGCAGCAGCAUGAGAGGUCAAAACUGGAAAGAGACUCUUGAUGCUCUGGUUAAUAUCUCACCAAUUUGUACCAGAAAUGAUCCAGACGGCAUUGAUAUAUAUUUUCUAAAACACCGUAACCCGAAGGAUACUCAAGGAGCCUUUAGAAUGCUCACCACCCCUCAAAGUGUCGAAAACAUCUUCGAAUCUGUCUAUCCACACGGAGACACGCCAAUCGGGGCUAGACUGAAGGCAAUCCUAGGGCCCUAUAUGGAAGAUCUUGCCGAGUCACUACGAUAUAGAGGAACAAAUACAGACUCUAUUUCAACAGUUCGGCCUAUCAAUAUUAUUGUUAUUACUGAUGGCAAGCCAACUGAUGGGUUAGAAGACGAUCUCGUUGCUACUAUUGUAGCCACGGCAAAGCAACUAGAUGAUUGGCAUGCGGACGAGUGGCAGGUUGGAAUCCAAUUCUUCCAGGUCGGCCAUGAUAAAGAAGUAACUAGGUACUUGGAGUAUCUAGAUGAUGACCUUUCAGAAAACCACGGAGUCAGAGAUAUAGUUGACACGGUGACCUGGGAUAAAGAUCCUGGUGAACUUUCUGCUGACACUAUCCUAAAGGUGGUACUGGGAGCUGUUCACCGAGGUUAUGACCGUCAGCGAGUCAGAACAAGCUUCCAAGCUUGA